AUGUAUGUUUUUUUCUCUUGUGUUUACAGAUUCUUCCUGAAGUUCUUCCUCAAGUGCAAUCAGAAUUGUUUGAAAAAUGCAGGGAACCCACGAGACAUGAGAAGGUUUCAGGUAAGACCACAUUUAUUGUUAAACCUGCCACUAUAGUUCCACACAGCAUAUGUCUUCUCAUUCUGCUCACAAUGCAGGUACAUCAAUUGAAAACAACAGUAUAUUGUUAAAGUUCUCUGUUUAUCCCACAGGUGGUGGUCUCCACUACGGUGAACGUGGAUGGCCAUGUCCUUGCUGUCUCGGACAACAUGUUUGUCCACAACAACUCCAAACAUGGCAGGAGAGCCCGACGCCUGGACCCCUCUGAAGGUACAACUACCUCACACUUACAGACAACAAUUUCUCUAAAACCUUAAUACAUCUUGGUGUCUUUGGCCACCCGUAUACCAGUGUCUAAAAACUUUGGCUUUGGUGAAAAUAAUGGUUCCCCAUUUUCUUUUGCCCCACUGAACAACCGACUUUUAAUUACAUCAUCCUCUUUAUUGGAUUAAAUGAAACCAUAUCCUUAUAUCUGGAAAAAGAUGAUGACAUCCUCAUUGAAGUGGGGACCUUUUAUUACCAAAGCCCUAAAAAAAACACCCCAGCAUCACUUUGUAAAAUCUACCUCACCGUGUCGUUUGCGGUUAUGACGUAACAUGGUGCCAUAUUGUAAGAAAGAAUAGUACUCUUGUUCUUACCAGCAAUAUUAAAACAUUGUCCCCUACCUGCCACACAGCUUAGGAGCUGGCUAGGCACAGUGAAACGGUUUAAACGUAUCACUUUGAACUAACUUCUCUAAGUUUCUGAGUUGAAAAACGACAAGAGCAUUGGGAUACACUGGAUAAACAGUACUUAGGCAUUCAUAGAAACACUGAGAGAGAGUCCCAUGGUUGGUCACCACUGACAGCACCAGAGCAGAGCAGUACAGUGCCAUUGUGUGACUGGAAUCAGAGUGCCAUUGUCUCCCUAUGCAGACUCGAGAAGGCUAUCACUGAAGUCAAGGCCCCACUGAGGGAAUCUCACCGUCUUUCAUCUCAGCUAGAUUGGGAUGUUUUGAGAGGCGAUAAAGCCAACAUCUGCUCCUGUCUUUGUUCCAUCCCCCCUAAGCCCCCCCCCCUUGAUAAAUGUACAAAGUUUCCAUAGUCUGUUUCACAACAUUUUGUUUUAUUUAUUUGAGUCCCCCGUUUGACUGUGUGUUUACUGCUGUGACAGAGGGAAAUUAAUAACGAUGACAGUAGACUACCUAGAAAAAGCCUCUUCUCUAACAACACCCUAAGAAAACUGUUAAACGGUGUGAGAGACUCUGUCAUACAGUAUCCCAUUGGACGAAGCCCAUUGCGUUCAUUUAUAAUCUACUGACUUCAAUUGCCAUUCAACCCUUAAGUCUGUUUCCCACGCCUCCUCUUUUGGGAUGAUCUUUACAUUUGAGAAGGCUAUACAGUUCCAAAACUCCAGGGCACAGUUAGCACGGCUACCUUUACACCAUGGACCAGUAGGCCUAUGAUAUUACACUCAUCCUAAUAUCAAUUGGAUUGGUAUCUGUCUCUGACAGACAUACGAUCUGCUUGCAGACUGUGUGGCAAAUGUAUCCCACCUCCACCGCAAGCCACAGUAAUUAUUUGAUCACUUGCCUCUUUCCAUUUUUGCAGUGCUGUGGCUGUUUGGCCAGAUAUCCUGUAGACAGGACCAUUUAGUCAGCCUGUCUGUCUCCAUUCUGUUGUGCCUAGUCUGGUCAAGCAGGAGACACUGUAAUGUUUCUAUUGAGUUUAUUGAUCCUCCGACAUCUAAAAAAAUCAUAACUGUGCAUUUUUCUAUGACUGAACUAAUUGACAUCAUAGACGACAGGACUGUAUGCAAUUAGAAAUCUGUUUGGGGAAAAAACACACCAAUUGUAUGUAAUUUGUUAAUGCUGCCCUUGCAUUAUAUCAGUCAUAUUGCAAACCUGAGCAUAUAACCCUCAUAAACAAAUGACACAUUUUUUCCCCAAAAGUGUAACCACCCAGAUUGUCAAGUUGGGGGAUUUAACGGUCCUGAUAAGUAUAAGUCAUACCCGUUCCGCUGUCUGUGUUUCCGAAGCAGCUACGCCCUGCAUCAAAGCCAUCAGCCCGAGUGAGGGGUGGACGACCGGAGGAGCCACUGUCAUCAUCAUCGGAGACAACUUCUUUGACGGACUGCAGGUGGUCUUCGGCACUAUGCUGGUCUGGAGUGAGGUGGGUCCAGAUACAGGCACGCACACACACGCACACACACAUACACAUGAAGACUAGGUGAAGAAACUCAGAGUAAGGCGUAGUGCAUAAGGCUGGGCUCCCUCUGUUAGUCAGGCAGAUGCCUCCACUCCACAGAGUCUCUAUCUGGAACACAUACACACAUAGAAUUAACUGUCAAUCUCACUGCUUUGAUCAGUGUGUAUUCGGUUGGGUUUACCAUGCUUCAUCGUUUGUCCAUAUGUACUGACUGAACUGGAAGUUGCUCCAGAUAUUAUUGUCUGCUAAAUUACUUUUAUAAUUAUUAAAUGUGAAUUUGCUAGACAGAGUUGUGGAUGAUGCUGUAAAUGAACCUUUGAGAUCGAACUAAGACUAAGUACGUUUAUUGUAUAGUAAGAAAUGACAAGGAACGUAAAUAGACCAUACCUCCCACAGUGCACUACUCUUAGCGUUAAACGAGUGUGUGUGUUGAUGUGUUCCAGCUAAUCACGCCCCACGCCAUCCGGGUCCAGACGCCCCCUCGCCACAUCCCAGGGGUUGUGGAGGUCACGCUCUCCUACAAAUCCAAGCAGUUCUGCAAAGGGGCGCCAGGACGCUUUGUCUACACAGGUAAGAUCACUGUUCCUUCCUUAUAUCUGUUUUACCCUCUCUCUAUAUCUCUCUGCUUCCUCCUCUCCUCCCCUUUAAAGCACUUUGGUAUCACUUCAUCUGAAGGUCUGUUUUAUUAACAUUAGUACAUAGUUUAACCAUUUAUAUUGAGUUUUUAAAAUGGGAAUAGGGACUGUCACCACAUCUUCCUAUAGGGUUUAUUGUUCUCCAUACUACAUAUAGUGGUUGCUACAUUCCCCGUUCUCCUCUGUCCUUUCAAGGUGGUAAACAUUUUCCCUUGUGCAAGGGCAUUGAGUCCUACCCUUCUUUUUGCUGGAGCCUUUCCCCAGGUUAUCCUUCAAGCCUUUGUCUGAUGUCCAGACUUUUAUGCCGGGGCGUGACUGCCACCAGAAUGGAGUAUCGCUCCCUUAAAUCAGUGCUUUACUAUUCCCGAUUAUUCCAUCGGAAUAUCCAGAUGCCAUUCAAAGUAGCAGAAAGGUCAGAUGGAUGUCUGUUUAGUGUGAUAAGUAAAUGUCACUGCAUUGCCGAUGAAAGAGGGGACUGUGUUAAGGCUUUCUGUUAAGCAUAGGUUUAUCGCUGCAGCCUUCUCCCCUCUUUGUUCAAAGCACCGCUUAGUUCCCAUGCAAGUGUGAGCGGAGCAAAUAGACUUCACAAUGGGCCAUCCAACCCAUCUUACGAUUCCUUUUGCAAUGCUAAUAUCUGAUUCCAUUUGAUGAUAUGACUGACAACUGUUCAGUGUAUUGCUUUUAUGGACGUGUGCGGUGAAUAGAGUCCUCUUGUUAUCUCGUUCUGUACGUCUAUUAGGCCGUGGGAGGGGUUCUCUACAGCAAAAACGUGUUGUGAAUCCCUGGAAGGAGUUGUAUUACUUCAUGUGGUCUUCAAAACAGUGCUAGCGAUAUCAUUACCGAAGUACUCAAAUGUGGUGAGCAUUCGUAUUUGAAGUUAAUCAAAAUGAAAACCAAAACUAUUUGACUUGAUUGAUAGCAAAUCAACAAAGUUGUAUUUCCCUAAUGGUAGCGCCAUUCCUAACACAGACAGGUGCCUGCAUCAUAAUAUUGUAAAACCAAAACAAUUCUCAUUAGUCUCUAGUUCUUCCCUCCAGAUUGAGACCCAUAUUGUGCACACAUCAACAGUUAAUCUGAUUUACACAUACAUAUUUCAAGAUUGUCUGUGUGCAUUUCUAAUGCGUAUUUAUUGUGCCAGGAGUGUCUUCAUCAUGAAUGCAAAAUGAAGCAAGCUUUUAAAUACUAAAUAGGCAAGCUUGUGUAUAAUUGAACAGGAAAGAGAAUGCAUCCAGGCUCAAUGAUGUCAUUUCCUCUGGGGAACUUCCAGAUGCCCAAGUGAGCUCGUCUUUCAGUGCGUCCCCUCCCAAAAACAUAGCCCUCUUUGUAUCAAACAGCGUUGAAUAGCAUAGCAAAUCAGUCGAGUUGUAGAGAUGACAUAUCAAAGGUUUCAACAAAUGUAACACAUUAUUUUGUUUGAUAUCAUGCCAAAAAAGAGAGAGUGUUCCACACUUUGUGUUAUGACAGAAAUACAUGUGGGUCUAAAUGUUUUAUUCCUUUAAACUCAGCUGAGAGAGAAAAAAGAGACCUAGAUAAGUCCCACUUUUUCUUCUGUCUCUGUAGUAGAGGAUGGUGUCUCCAGGCUUUGAUCCUAGGCAUUAGGUGUAAAACUGUUGCCAUGGGCUAGAAUGGCAAUACAAUGAAACUGAGUGAAUAGAGCUCAUAGGGGUACUCCACUGUUAACUGUCACUUUCUAUGUGACUGCAGCUUAUCUACAAUACAGAGACAUACAGGACUAUGUUGACUCUGUCACUGCCUUAAUAUGUCUGGGUCCACAUUCACUUAUGAGACAGAGAGAAAUUGGUCUCCUUGAUAUUGGAACUAAAGAGUUGGGUCUGGUGUCUAGACAGAUAUUAUAGGUGCUGGUUUCUCCUAUAACCAAACACACAGACAGACCAGUGGCUUCUUGGAUUGUUUGCCCUCCAGUCAGAAUCAUUAAUUUGAGCCUUCUUUUGUGCAGUACUUGAAAUCCAUAUCUCACACACAUGAUAUCCAAAUACAAGUGUGAUGGUUUCUCUCUCACACAUUUAUUUCUCCUUUAUUAUUUAUGCAUCUUCCUCUUAAAGCCAACUGCACAUCUCCAUCUUCCCUUCUCUCUCCUCCUUCUCUUUCCCAUCAGCCUUCUCCCCCUCUCUCUCCAUCCCCUCCUUUACCCUUUCUUUCCCUAGCCUCCCUCGCCCUCUCUGCCCCCUCUCUCCUCUCCUCCCUCUCUCCCCCGGACUUCCAGUCUCUCUCAGGGGUUGUAUAUCCCCAGGUGCAGCUCGAGGAUGGGAGGGUGAAAUUAAUGAGGGGAGCCUGGAGGUAUUGA